GCGGAAGUUGUCAGGGAACACCUGCAUACGCACUAAAGCGUCCUCCAACACCUACUAAAACAUGGAGAGGAAAGAGAGACUUGUGCUGCUGGUGAUAAUUUUAUGCGCGCCUCAGAUACACGCGCCACCUAUCGAAGAUAUUGCUGUAGUCGCUAGUGUUGGAGUCGCUAUUAUAGCUGGCAUCGUGUCCCUGCCUAAUUUGUAUUGUCAUUUUACUGAAUGCUGUGAGGACAAGAACUCAGCCGACAUAGCUGGUUUACAGACAGCUCUUCGUUGGCGUGUUUUUGGUCAACACUUAGUCUCCGAGACCGUGUUGAAGGCACUUGUUGGACAUUUGAACGAUGAGGCGCCAAAUAAAGCGUUGGCGAUUUCCUUCAACGGCUGGACAGGAUCAGGAAAGAACUUUGUGAGCAAGAUCAUUGCGGAACACAUCUUCAAGAAGGGAAUGAAGAGUAAUUAUGUUCAUCUGAUCAUAGCUACCCAUCACUACCCUCAUCAGUCCGAUGUAGAAAUUUACAAGCGACAGCUGCGCGAUCUAGUGGAAAGAUCCGUAUCAAAGUGCCCCAGAUCCAUGUUUAUUUUCGACGAAAUGGACAAAAUGCCGUUAGGCCUCGUAGAUGUGCUUAAGCCUUACUUAGAUUACCACCCCCCUGGUGCAGGCAAGAUCGAUUUCCGUCAAAGUAUCUUCAUAUUCCUCAGCAAUACAGGGGGUGAUCUCAUCAACGCUGCGGUUAUAAAGCACUGGAAAGAUGGAAAGAAACGAGAGGACAUCAAGAUCAAAGAAAUGGACGAAGUUAUCAAGCAAGGUGAAUUUGAUGACAAAGGUGGAUUCUGGCAUUCCUCUCUUAUUGAAAAACAUCUCAUAGACUACUUUAUUCCAUUUUUGCCGUUGGAGAGAUCCCAUAUUAAAUUGUGUGCUGAAGCCGAGUUAAGAAGAAAAGGACACCCAGUCUCAGAACUCAUCUUUAAUAAAGUAGCAGAUGAAUUAUCAUACUUUCCAAAAGACCUGGAGGUCUUCUCACAGUCUGGCUGCAAGAAAAUUUCAAGCAAAGUAGACUAUGUUAUGGGGUGAGGAAUUUUAAAAAUCUUGAACUUGGGGCCUAUUAGGCGACAAGUUACACCCAUUCAGUGUGUAGACAAUUUUUAGGGACUGGUUUUUGAAAAAAAUGCAUUACCAUUUCACUUACAUGACUUUAUAGACCUAUGGCAGUGACUUGCCUGUUGGUAACUUGACCUCUCAAACUUAGUUUUAGAAGUGGCUGGGAGAGGGGACAUAAGUUCAGCAGAGGGUGGAGACUAAGGUGUUGGAGGCAUGUUUUGAUAUGUAAUAUGAUAUUAUCUGAUGAGAAAAAAAGGGACCCGAGAGAGAACAAGGUAUCUUGGAGAGAAUGAAGACUAAGUUUAGUUUCUAAUUAAAGUUUUGUGCUGCUUUAGAGAGUAAAAAUAUACUUGGUUGAUAAGAGACAUGAGAUAAAUUAAGAGAAAUUUAGAACUUAGUGCAUGAGGAAAUCAGAAUUUUCAAAUUGAAUAUCUCUCAUUCAUUUUUUCACUUGUUCACUCAUUCACCUAAAGGAGAAUGAGAACAAUGGAAAUUUCAAUUUUUAUUGCUCUCUCAGAUCGACCAGGGUGAGGGUUGGCUUUUCUUGAGGAAAUAAAACAGCUCAUCGACUCUCUUGAAAUUUGAGAUUAUAUUCAGCCGAAUAUCUUAACUCCCAAAUCAGGCUCCCCUGUACUGUGUUGUUUCUGAACAACAAAAAAAAAAACUGAAAGCAAUGCUGAAAAGGCAGUGUAGGAGACAUUCUUGCAUACACUUUUCACCAGCAUUUUAAAGUUGUAAACUUUUAAGAGAGAUCUACUAGGACCUACACUUGUGUCCCACAUUGACACUGGUGAAAUUCAUUCAUAAAAUUCUUGAUUCAGUCUUAUAAGAGGUUGGUGUCCCAAUGAUUGUCUUGAGUCUCUCAGAUUGUCCGUGAUAGUUUUCAGUACUUUGCAACAUUAGUAGAAUUUCUUGAUUAUUCUAGAUAUUGAUGUAGUUUUAGUAAAUUAUAUUCUUAUUACUGGUGGUGUGAAGAACCCAUACUUUUCUGGUAGUAUAUUAAUUCAGUAUUUCAAAUGUGACAAAAAUAAAUUAGCACUGUUUGUACAUAUUGAACAUGCAGUUUCUUCAGAAUUUAUUGUGUCACUGAUAACUGGCUAAGAUUAAUAGGAAUAAUGUUAUGUUCUGUUAAAAAUGGAUUUCAUUCUUAUUUGA